AUGGAUGGUUUAUUAUUAGACACAGAACAGGUAUAUAAGAAAAUGAUAACUCAGCUUUGUGCAAAGUAUGGCCAUCAAUAUACAGAUGAGUUGAUGAUGAAAAUUCUAGGAGGCACAGAGCAAAGGCUGUCUGAAAUAUUAUGUAAAGAGUUAAAGCUUCCAAUUACACCAAAAGAAUUUAGGGAUCAGUUGCUUGUUUUGGGUGAUACAAUGUUAGCUAAUGCUCCUUUGAUGGAUGGUGCUGAAAGGUUAAUUUGUCAUUUACAUACAACUAAGGUGCCAUUUGCACUAGCAACAUCAUCUAGUGCUAGAUCAGUUGACACAAAAAUAGCAAGUUAUAAAGAACUCUUUAGUUAUUUUCAUCACAUGGUAAUGGGUAGUACCGAUAUGGAAGUUAAAUAUGGCAAGCCUCAUCCAGACAUCUUUCUGGUUGCUGCUGCUAGGUUUCCAGAUAAACCAGAUCCUAGUAAGUGUUUAGUGUUUGAAGAUUCUCCACAUGGCGUAACAGCAGGUAUAUCAGCAGGAAUGCAAGUAGUCAUGGUACCUGACCCACAUUUAGAUAAGAAACUAACUGAACAUGCAACUAUUGUUUUACCGAGUCUAUCUCAAUUUAAACCUGAAGUCUUUGGACUACCACCAUUUAAGUGA